AUGGAAACUGUUAGACUUAUUUGUCUACUUUUCUCUAUUUUUGAGACCUUUGGUCAGUUGAAUUCAAAAGAAAACGAUACCCUGCAAGCAAAAAAUGUAUUUGCUGGUACCACAUCUGGAAAAGUAUCAAAUGUUUUAAGGGACAUCUUGAAUCAAGAGAGCUUAGUUCGCUUUUCAAUGGACGAGAACGAAAGACUGCGACACGAACUGAAGACUCUGAGUGAUCAUUAUAACCAUUCGAUAGAAUCAUUACAAACCUUACACGAGAAGGAAUUACUGUUCCUCAGAAACCAAACAUCUCGUCUUCAGAAAGAAAAUGAGGGGAUUUCUUUAGAUACUACAGAAAUAAAAAAACAGCUCGGAGAGUUUAAUAAAACAUUCAAUGAUAUUGAAUUUAUGAAAAAGAGACUUACUGACGUAACGGAAGAGCAACAUACCCUUGACGUGAAGAAUCGUCAAAUGGAGGACGAGAACGAAAGACUGCGACACGAACUGAAGACUCUGAGUGAUCAUUAUAACCAUUCGAUAGAAUCAUUACAAACCUUACACGAGAAGGAAUUACUGUUCCUCAGAAACCAAACAUCUAGUCUCCAGAAAAAAAAUGACGGGAUAACUUUAGAUGCCAUAGAAAUCAAAAUACAGCUCGGAAAGUUUAACAAAACAUUCGAUUAUUUAAAUAUGACAAAGGAAGAAGAGAAAAAAGAGUUUCAGCAGAAUAUUCAGAGUUUGAAGAUGGAGGUGAAAGAAAACAAAAAUAGUUAUGAAGCACAAAAGAUAGGACUGGGUGUUGUAAAAACUCUCUUUACAGAACAUAUUAAAAACUUUAAUGAAUCUAGGACUGCUUUCCAACAAGAAUUAAAAAUUUUGAACAAGCGGAUGGAGGCCACAGAGAAGCAAGAUAACUUAAGUUCACGUGUACAGUUUGUUGAAAACAGUUUACGAAGAUUUUCACUUUCUCUGGAUGAUCUUCGUGCAGCUCAAAAUGUAUCUAACACACAACUGAUGAGAAUUUUAACACAUCUCUUACAUGUAACUGGUUCAUCGAAAGACUGCAAAAAAUUAUAUGAAAGUGGUACCAGAACAUCUGCUGUAUAUGAUAUCUAUCCCUGGGACAGCUAUGAUUCCAAGAAGAAUCUUGUAGGUGUACAAGUCCAGUGUGAUAUGUCGACGGCCGGAGGGGGUUGGACUGUGAUACAGAGUAGAGUUGAUGGCAAGGUAAAUUUCAGCAGAAGUUGGGAAGACUAUAAAGUUGGAUUUGGAGAUCCAUCAACGAGCUACUGGAUAGGGAAUGACAUCAUACAUGAGAUGACAAAGGAUAACAGGAGUUCAUUGUAUGUGAGCAUUACAGCCAAGAACGGCACCACAUUCAGUAUACAGUAUGACACGUUCUCUAUUUCUGGAGAAGAAGACGAUUACAGGUUGUACAUUGCUGGAAAUGCAACAGGAAGAUUAGACGAUAGGAUACGAUAUGGUACAGGGGUAAACAACAUAAACGGGAUGAAAUUUUCUACCUAUGACAAAGACAAUGACCCCGCAUCAGAUCCUUGUCCAGGAUGGGCGGGAAUUGGAGGAUGGUGGUUUAACUCGUGUCACGACGCCUACCUUAACGGACAGUAUCCAUCUGGAGAAUGGGAACAACCUUGGCAAGGUACAUUUAUUGAUGGAUCAGAGAUUUCCACUACAAGGAUGAUGAUUAAAAGAAAAUGACAAUCUAGGCUCUAGAGCAGACGCUCUAACCACUGCACCAGGCGGGCGACGUAGUGGUGUUUCCAAAUAAGUGGCCUUAAACAACACUCAAACAAAACAAAGAUAAUGUGAGAAUUUGUCAUUUUAUUAAAUAUAACUUUAUUCCGAAUUCAUUUGUUCUAUUAAACUGUAUUCUAUUUGUAUUUAACGACAUUUGGUUUUUCAACCAUUUUAGGACAGAUUAACAAAAUGGCUGCAUAUGUUGGUGUGCGUUGUGCUUCACAUAUCCACUGUCAUUCUUGCUCAUCAGUCACGUGUAACAUUAUGAUGAUCACAAUUCGCUUUCUUCGCAUUACGUCUCAAUUUCAGUUUUUCAUUAUUAUGACUUCUUCGCUUAAAACAUCAUUAUAUAUAUUCAGUAAAGUUAUGAAAACGAAAAAAUGGAAUACGAGUUUCGAAAUAGAUUACGAGGUUUUAGGAGAGGGAAGUAACAUUUGUAAUGUUUUAUAUAUGAGGU